CUGACGAACGCACUACGAUCCGGUCCUGCGAACGGGCAGCGUCGACCUUUCGAGCGGGAAAAUAAGAGGAAAAAUGCUCGCAAAAAGGUUCGCGUUGGGUGCGUCGAGUGCGUCGCGUUGUUUGGCAAACGAUUCGAAUUAGUGGCGGUGCAGUUGAAAGCGAAACGAGAUGAAGGAAAAGUGGAAUAAGAACGGCGCGGAGCCUAGGCUCAGCGACGGUCAACCGGUGGCGAAGAAAUUCAUGGUGACGGAACCAAUGUACAAACCGAAAUUGCUGCAUCACUCUCCGUCAUUAAGAGAAGCGAUGCGAAACUAUAGGGACGUUUCGAUAGAUAAGGAUUCCGUAGGGAACGAGAAUCAUGCUUUCGAACCGGACCUGUCUUAUGAUUACUACGUUUCUCCGGAUUACAGUCUUUCUAUCGGAAAUGACUCGAAAGUUCCAGAAUACACGUCCUACGAUUAUCCUACUCUCGGGACGAUGUCGGUUAAGACGACUCACUCGGGAGGGUCAGCAAGGAACUCGAUAUCUGAGGCUAACGAAAUGGGCUCCUCCGUGAAGUUGGUUACCGCAAAAGUUGAAAUGUCCUGUCAAUCAUGGUGCAACCAUAUAUCGACGAUAGUAUGUACCCUUUCGAUGGCGGCUGGAAUCGGCAACCUCUACAGGCUGCCCCAGGCCACCCUGAUCAGAGGCGGACUCCCAUUCCUCGUGGUCUACGUAAUUUUGACUGUGAUUAUUGGCCUUCCGCUUCUAUUCCUAGAACUCGGUAUAGGUCAAAUGGCUCAGGAGGGUUUCAUCAAAUCUUGGAGAGCGGUGCCAUUUUUUAAAGGUAUAGGAUACGUAAAGUUACUCGCUGGAUGUCUUCUAAGCAUCUACUAUCCACUCUAUAUGGGACUAUCUUUAUUGUUCAUCAUAUGGAUCAUAAAAGGUUCCAUGCCUUUCUCCGAUUGUUCAGACGGAGUUAUCAUAAAAGAGGAAGGCUACUACGUUGUUGGAAAAAUCGGAAGUGAAUGCCUAAGGACCACAUUCUUAAAAACACCACUGGCAGACCCACAGUAUUUUGGAGUAUACGCAGCGGUACUUCUGUUUAUCUGGAUCAUCAUCACAUUGCUUUCAAUAACCAGGACAAAAAGUUACAUCAAAUCUCUCCUGGUACUGUCCCUUCCGACGCUGGCGUGUUACGUCGCCAUUACCACGAAAUCGAUCCUUUUCGAGGCCGAGGUCAAGGUGCUUGGUGCGUUUUUCCGCGACGUCGAUUGGUCGGUUCUAGCUAGUGCCGAGGUAUGGUAUUACGCAACGAUCCAGGUAUUUUUCUCCACCAACGUCGGUUUCGGCUCCUUCAUAACCAACGCGGGCAUACUGUACCACAAAGUGAAUCCGCUGUCGAUAGCGCUGGGCUAUAUUUUCGCGAAUAUUUUAUUCGGCGCUGGUACCGUAAUCAUAUCGACGAUUCUGACCGGUAAUAUCAACGGCACGUCAUCCGAAGGCAGCGGCAUUGCCGAAGUGGAGCUUUUCGCUUUAACUUACGACGCCAUGAGGGAAAACGUGGACGGCACUUUCAGGUUUUGGAUGAUCGCUUUCUAUGGGCUCGUUUUUUUUUCGGGACUCAUCAGUAUGGCAACUCUUUCAUACACACUACUGAAAGCAAUCCACGGUCACGAUGGAAUUCAGCUGAGAUGGUGGCAUACCAGCAUAAUACUAAGCCUCUCGGGCUUCGUGCUGGGAUGCCUCUGGUUGCUGCAACCAGAUUUCGAUCUUGUUCACCUCCUGGACCAUUACAUUGUGGGAAAUUUGAUAUUGAUAUGUGUAAUUUUAGAAGUCUUAGCGUUCAUCGCGUUUUAUGGUACGGGACGAAUACUGUCCGACUUUGAAUUCAUGCUCGGCCACAUCCUUUGGAAAAUCUGGUUAGCGUUGUGGCGGCUAAUACCCGGUUUAUUAAUGGUUAUAUUCACUUGGGGCUUGGCCACCUUACCGCUAGAGGGCAUUUACAAACAAGAUCCGUCCUGGUUAUACGGAAUCGGCUGGGCGGUGGUACUCACGGCGUUCAUUUUCAUUUUCGUUGUGGGCCUCUACGUAGUUUCCCAACAGGACGGUUAUACUCUUACCGACAAACUCAAAGCGUCGUUGGAACCGUCCCACAACUGGGGCCCGAAGGACCCGAUGUUACGUCACAACUGGGUCCAAUGGAAUACGAAAACCCAAAGCGGUGAGCGAGAUUUCACUUUGAAACGUCGUGGCACCAAAGACUAUACGAAAACCAUCAAGAAAAACGCCAAAAAGGCCGCUAGCGACCUCUCGUCCACCCCCGUGCCGGGCGUCUACUAUAAAACGGACACCAUACAGAACAAUAACGUCAUUAACCGGCUCAGUAACGGCAGUCACUAUCAGGAGUUGUAUUACAUCAGUGACAACGUCAAGAAAUAUGACGUCGGUAACGGAACUCUAACCGAAACCACCCUGAUGGAUUCUCUGGAAGUGAGAAAUGGUCACCCGCAUCACCACCACCACCACCACCAUCACCACCAUCAUCACAGGCACAGUUUUCCUAUUAACCCUUUGGCACAGCAGAUGGUUAUGAACACGGAUAUACCGGACGGUUCAUCUGAGGGUUACGGCACGUUCAGGAAAGGACCUUAUAUUAUAGAAGGAGGUCACAUUGAUCACGUGUGCCACAGAAGAGGAAGCAGUCCAUAAGUAGAUAAAGGAGUGCUAAACAAUAACUUUUAAGAUAGUUGUAUAUACCGUAUUGUAUAUUACUGUAUAUUACUGUAAUUAAUUUAUUUUUAAAAUUAUUUCAUAAUAAAAAAAAUACAAAUUAUUAUUGAUACAGAGUACAUAUAAAUAUGUUUUUUGGGUUUGACAUAUAAAUGAAAUAGAAUAAAAAAUAAUGCAACUCACUUUUGGGAUUAAUUGGUAUUUUAAAUUAAUUGAAGCCGUAAUUUUUAAAGACAACUUUGUAGAAAUUUUCAUGAUUUACUAUUUAUUUUCAAGGCCCUGGUUUACAUUUUUUCCUUAUCAACGAAAUUCAAAGCGUGUUUAUUGCAAAUUAAUAAUUACAACAUUAAUUUUUGAACAUAAUCUCCUUCACUGGAGGGUAGACAUUUAU